AUGGAGAAUGCGUCUCUCCAAGCCGGCAGCCUCUCAGAGCAGGAGGAGGAAGAAGACACCCUGUGGGAGAAGAUCGAGAGUGCGCGACACCAGCUGACCCGCUCCCUGAACCCCGCCAAGCUCACCCCGUACCUGCGCCAGUGCCGCGUCAUAGACGAGCAGGAUGAGGAGGAGGUGCUCAACUCGUGUCGAUUCCCUUGCAAGAGCAACCAGACAGGUUACCUGAUGGACAUCCUUCGGCGCCGUGGGAAGCGAGGCUACGAAGCCUUCCUGGAAUCCUUGGAGUUUUACUACCCCGAGCACUACACACGGCUCACGGGGAGGGAACCAGCCCAGCGCUGCUCUAUGAUCCUGGAUGAAGAAGGCCCUGAGGGGCUCACUCAGUUCCUGAUGAUGGAGGUGAAGAAGGUGAGGGCUCAACGGAAAGAGCACCUGCUGAAGGAACACCAGCUCCAGGUGAAAAACCAGGCUUUGGAGCAAGAACAGGUCAGGCUGGAGCAGCAGCUGAAGGAGCUCCUGAAGGUGCAGGAACGUUGCCAGCGGCUGAGAGAGGAGUGGGACUCCAACAGCGUGGAGCUGCUGAGGCUGAAGGAUGAGAACUACAUGAUGGCCAUGCGCUAUGCGCAGCUCUGCGAGGAGAAGAACGUGGCCGUGCUGCGGAGCAGGGACCUGCAGCUGCUGGUGGACCAGCUGAAAUGCAAAGUCUCCAGCCUGGAGGAGGAGUGCAGCCUGCUGCGGAAACAGGCGUCAGCGCCGCCCCAGCGAGAGGCGGAGGAGCGGGGCCACCCUGACGCCGUGUCUGAGCUGUGGGCUGAGAACCAGCGGCUCACAGCAUCGCUGCAGGAGCUGCAGGGCAUGUUGCAGAAACCCGGCGAGACCACAGUUCCAGGCUCUGAGCAGAUCCUCCUGGACAUCCUGGAGCAUGACUGGAAGGAAGCCCAAGACGACCGGCAGGAUCUCUGUCAGAAACUCAACUCCCUGCAGAAUGAGCUGCAGUGGGCUGAAGAGCUGAGGGAUAAGUACCUCCAGGAGGUGGAAGAUCUGCAGCUGAAGUACCGGACGCUGCAGAAGGACUGUGAUCUCUACAAGCAUCGUAUGAACACAGUGCUGCUGCAGCUGGAGGAGAUCGAAAAAGAGAGGGACCAGGCCAUCCAGAGCCGUGAUGGGGUGCAGCUGCAGUACUCCCAGAGCCUGAUUGAGAAGGACCACUACCGCAAACGCGUGCGGGCUCUGGAGGAGGAGAGGGAUGAGCUCCUAAGCAAGCUGAGCCAGGCAGAAGGGCUGAACAGCACGCUGCAGGCACAGCUGCAGCGGUGCCAAGGCGGCCGCAGCCUCAGCAAGAUGUGCAGCUCUUCCUACUCCCUCUGCUCCAACCUCAGCAGCACCUGGAGCCUCAUAGACAACCCUACGAAUGGACUCAUGGAUACUCUGGGGACUUCUGUUACCCCAUUCCCAGGGGAUUCAGCCAUCCAGAGCAUGGAUGGGACUCCCGACAGUGAGAAGGAUAUCAACCGCCUUUCCACCUUCCCCUUCCCUCCCUGCAUCGGCUCCAUCCUCCGUCGGCAGCGGGAAGAGAGGUGCAUGCCCUACAAAAGCUUGUCCUGUGGCUCCUUUAGCAGCAUUGAAGAUGCAACAGGCAGCAGUUUUCCUGGCACCUUGCUGGGGGCCUUCUCCUCUUCUUCCAGCAGCACCUACACCAGGGUGAAGUCGGAGAUCUGCUUGUCCACGCUUUCCAGCCGCAAGGAGGUGACCAGGAGGUCACUGGUGGUACAGCUCACUAGUGUGGGUCAUCCUAGCAAGCCCUCACCACAGGAGAAGAGGCUUGGAGCAGACAUCUCCAUCCUUGGGGGGAACAGGACAGGAAUUUAUGUCCAGUGGGUCAGGCCAGGCUCACGGGUUGAAAAAGCAGGACUCAGGGAAGGGUGCCGGCUCAUUGAGUUGAGGGUGCCAUUGCUGAAGGAAGAGGUGCUUUCCCUGGAGAACUGCACGCGGGAGGUUGCCUACCUGAGCCUGCUGCACUGGGAUGAGCCGUCCAGUCUCAUCUUUCAGCUUGACCUAGAAGGUAAGGUGCUGGCAGCUGGGUCACCUUUGAACUUGAGCUCUCUGCCUCCCUUUCUAGAACCUCCACUCAAACCCGGAGAUUCAGGAUACCGGCCUCUGCGGGCAGCCCUGGAAGAAGGCAAGAAGUUUUCUGGAGACUCGUUCUACGUCCGCUCCAACGUGUCCCUGCUGGAGCCGUUGGACCCUUACGCGCUGUGCGUGAAGUGCCGGGAGAUCCUGCACGUCACCGACACCAUGCACAAAGGGCGGCUGGAGUGGUACUGCUCCCGCGUCGAUCCCCUGACCGUGCGGGACCUGGACAAGGGCACGGUGCCCAACUACAGCAGGGCUCAUCAGCUUUUGAAGAUCCAGGAGAAGCGCCAGAUGCCCGGGCAGCAGAGAGGCCCCAGAAAUACUCUAAAGAAACGGGCCUUGGGCCAGCUGCGCUUGGUGAAAUCCAAACCACAGAGGAGCCCAGAACAGCCCCCACAGCAGCUGUGGCUGGACCCCUGCUCAGACCCUGACACAAAGCUGAAGCCUUACAGCCUGGUGCGCCCUGUGGUGGUCAAGACGCCCCGUCCUGUGGUGCUGUCCCCAAGCUGCAUUGCACCACGGCUCAUCAGGAACCUGCUGGACCUGCCCACCUCUCGCCUGGACUUCCAUGUGUGCCCAGCAGACAAGCUGGCAGGAGGGGAUCCCAGUGCAAUCCAUGCUCAGGAGCACCUUGUGUCUAGAACUGCCCCCCAGGACCAGAGGGAGAGUGGACGAAUCCACAUGAUCCGGGAGGCAAUGGAGAAGAAUAAACACUGCCUGCUAGAGCUGGGAGUUGAGGGUGUGAGGGAUCUAAUUAAAAGUGAAAUAUACCCCAUUGUUAUCCAUGUCGAGGUCACUGAGAAGAACGUCAGAGGGCUCAGGAGCUUGCUGGGGAAGGCGGGCCAGCGGGACUCGGAGGUGCUGAAGGUGUGCCGCGGUGUGGAGCGGGCUCUCCACGCCCUGCCGUGCUCCUGGGCCCGAGUGGAGCCCCAUGCCUGGAGCCACGCCGAGGAGCUGCCCAAGGUGGUUCGUGGAUGCAUCUUCCAGGAGCAAACCCGCCCGCUGUGGAUUGAGGAGGGCGAUGACUGAGCGGGAGUGGUGGGGGGGUAGCCACCUACUGUCCCCAAGAGCUGCUCUCACAGGUCCCUGCCUUCCCAAGCCCCUCCAGGUAGAGUGUUCUUCCUCUCUGAGGAGAGGCUGGUAGCUAAGGCCCCCCAGGGUAGCCUUUCUUGUCCCCUUGAUGGCCAGCAAGAGCCAGGAAGUAACAGAGAGUGGCUCCCCUGUCUGAGCUUUCUGUAUUCCAUUGGAAAGACGUCUUGCACCAUCGUGGUGGAGACCACCCCUGUGGGCUGUUCCCUGGCACCGUGGGCUGCCCUUGUACGGUCAGAUUGACAGACAGGGAACGUAGGGAGGGAACUGUGUGGGGUCAGGCUGCCUAGGAGCAUUUCUCACACACAUUGGAGGCUCUUCUCCCGUCACCACCAUCUCCCCUGCCCGGUGGCACUGUGUGCUCCGGCUCCUCUCUUCCCAUCUACCUCACCUCUGGCCCCAAGGCACAGGGCACAUGGCUCAUCCUCCUGUGACCCACUGCGGCUGGAGUGACACUAAGGUUGCAACAAACCCUCAUUUCAUAGGAGCUGUACUCUUUAUUGCUUGUAAAUUAUUAAUGGAGCCUUUCACUGGCAAACUGCCCGUAAAGGAGAAUUAAAUACCAUUCAUAAUGGGAA